AUGUGUGGGUGUGUAGGUGUAGCUUUGCUGAGAUUUAAAGAGGGAGUGGAGAGCGAUCCAUAUGGGGCUUUAUCAGAUUGGAAUGAAGAAGUUGGAGUGGAAAAUCCAUGUUCCUGGAACCUGAAAGAUCUAUGUCUGAGAGGCACUCUAGCUCCGGAUCUCGGGAACCUGGUUCAUGUGAAAUCUAUGAUUUUACGCAACAAUUCUUUCUCUGGUCUCAUUCCAGAAGAGAUCGCUAAGUUGAACGAAUUAGAAGUAUUGGACCUUGGAUAUAAUAACUUCAGUGGACAGCUUCCAUGUCAUUUUAUCAAUAAUUUCUCAAUAGCAAUUCUCUUACUGGACAAUAAUGUGCUUCUUGGCAAAAUGCAUCCUGAAAUUUAUGAGCGUCAAAAGCUAUCUGAAGUUCAAGUGGAUGGAUGUCUGCUAUCCAGCAGCACAGAAAUACCAUCUUGCAGUGACAGAUUAAUCUCAGGGAAUUUAGGACAAAUGGGAGAUGUAGCUCAACGGAAAUUGUUAGAAGACCCUAAAUGGCGAUUUCAACAGUAUUUUCGCCCGCCAACACCGCAACCCACAUCUGGAAUUUCUCCAACACAAGAACCAUCCCCUUCUCCUUCUCCCCCUCCAGCUUCUUCUCCUGCAAGUAUUUCUCCAUCUUCACUUCCUAACCCAGCAAAAAAUUCUUCUGAGACAGCUAAAAAUUCUGGGCCAAAUCAUCAGAGAGUUCUGAUAUUAUCUGGAGCUAUUGGAGGUCCUUUGUUACUUUUGUUUAUAAUUGCUGGCAUAUGGUUUUGUCAAUGUAGUAAAGUUGCUACUGUCAAGCCUUGGGCUACGGGAUUAAGUGGACAGCUGCAGAGAGCAUUUGUAACAGGGGUCCCAAAGCUUAAGAGAUCAGAACUUGAGACUGCUUGUGAAGAUUUUAGCAAUGUAAUCGGCUCUUCAUCAAUCUGCACAUUGUAUAAGGGUACACUGUCCAGUGGAGUUGAAAUAGCUGUUGCAUCUCCGGCUGUUGCCUCUGCAAAGGACUGGUCAAAUAGUCUAGAAGUCCAGCUCAGGAAUAAGGUUGAUACACUUUCAAAAGUGAAUCACAAAAAUUUUGUCAACUUAAUUGGAUAUUGCGAGGAAGAGAAACCCUUCACUAGAAUGAUGGUUUUUGAGUAUGCUCCCAAUGGAACACUCUUCGAGCAUCUACACAUAAAAGAAGCUGAACACUUGGACUGGGCAAUGCGACUGAGAAUAGCAAUGGGGAUGGCGUACUGUCUGGAGCACAUGCACCAGUUGACACCGGUAGUACCCCACAGGAACUUGACUUCUUCAGCCGUAUAUCUCACUGAAGAUUACGCAGCGAAAAUAUCGGAUUUUGGCUUCUCGGGUGAUGGAUCUUCAGAUGAGAUUGAACCAAAUCCGCAGAGUAAUGUCUACAGCUUUGGGGUUGUACUAUUUGAGAUGAUAACUGGUAAACUGCCUUAUAUAGUUGGUAAUGAUUCACUUGAUGACUGGGCAUCGGAUUAUCUUAGAGGAAGUCUGUGCAUUAGAGAAAUAGUGGAUCCUACUUUGACAUCGUUUCAAAAAGAUCAACUCGAACAAAUUGGUAGUUUGAUCAAAUCAUGUGUUAAUCCUGAGCCGAGUCAGAGACCAUUGAUGAGAGAAGUUGCUACAAGAUUGAGAGAGAUAACAUCCAUAGCACCUGAUGUAGCGAUACCGAAACUGUCCCCUCUUUGGUGGGCAGAGCUUGAGAUUCUGUCUACUGAGGCUAAUUAA